AUGAAAUUUGCUGGUGUGGAUCUUGACAUUGAUAAUUUAAUGGUCGAUCAAAUGCCCAAAUCGCAAGAUCGUGCAGCGAUCGUUGCAAAACAUCCUGUCGCCAUUGCAAGGUUUUUUAAUAAACUUAUUACAACAGUUUUGUCUACUUUGAUCGGUUAUGACACUAAUAAACAUGUAUCAAAUCCAGGUGGUGGUGUAUUAGGUGAAAUCGAUGCUUAUUAUGGUACAGUUGAAGAAUCCGGUCGUGGUGCAUUACAUCUUCAUAUGUUGCUGUGGCUCAUGAACAACAAAAAUCCGCAUGAACUACCCCAAGUGAGCAAAAGACGGGGUAAAUGACUAGUCCUUUUUCUAGUCAUGUCGACCCGUCAUGCUUAGUCUUUGUCUCAAAUUCGACGGGCACAUGACUACUCCGGGUUUUUUGGCCGUCAUGAAGCCCGUCUAAAUCACGUGAUUGACGGGCGACAUUAUACGUGCCUAGUCUAGUCUUUUUUUGAGAAAGACUCGUCCAGGACUAGUCUGAAGUCGGUUUAUGGGAAACAUUAUUGUUUGAAAUGCAGAUUAGUCUUGGACGAGGACUUUUUGAGACAAAGACUAGUCAAGACGGGCGACAGCGACGCCCGUCCAAAAUGAGUUUAAAAUUGAAAAAGUAAGGACGUCAGGGACGGUACAUAGGACAAGUUGCAGUCUUGUGUGUAGUGGACGAGUUCGGACUAGUCUAAAUGGAAAUAUGUAAGGAUGAAGAUUAGAUUCGAACAUGCGUACAAUGUAUUACUUACCCAUUGCUUAGACCAUUGAGCCAUAUGAUCAAGAAAUUAGCUUCUACAUAGUCAUAAUCAUUCUAAGGUGCUAUUUAAUACAAUUUUGCUUAAAGUUUUUUAUGUUCACAUUUAAGUAAAAAUUAUUUUUUACAGAAUAUGACAUUAUUUGGACAACAUUAAAAAAAUAAUCCAAAAAGUUUGUAUAUGUUUUGGAAAAAUAUCUUUCGAUUAUCAUUAAGGAAAAAUAAUUAGUUGCGUUAAAAAAAAUAAAUUUUAAACGUAAAAAUAAAAAAGCUAUUUAUAUUCAAAAGAAACCAGAUUUCUUCAUAUGAUGGCUUAGUUUUAAAUUAAAAUUACCAUAUCUUCAACUAACAAUUAAAUUAACUUUGCUUAAUUUAAAUAUAUUCUUAAAUUUAAAAUUAUUAGAAUUUAUAUUUAAAAUAAGACAACACAAAAUUAUGACAUAAAAAAAUUUAAAUUAUUCUUCAGUUUUUUUUUAAACAUAGUACAUCUAAUAAUAUUAAAAAAUAUAAAUUAAUAUUCCUCGCUACGAGAUGAAUAUAGUUCAUUAUACUUACUCCUACUUUUUUGUUAGUUUUGAUAUACUCUUACAUUUUCAACAUAUGAAAAUACAAAAUAUAAUAAGAUAUAUGAAGACAGGGAUGCACAGAGCAUAUUAUCUAUUCUUGACCUCGUUGUUGACUAUAGCAGACUCUCUGAUUGUCAUUCUACCUAGAGAAAUAUUUAUAAUAUCUUGGCGAGCGAUAUAGUUUUAAUAUGAAAAAAUGCGUCUUAUUAAUUACCGUAACCAUAAUAUAAUAGAUCAAUAUUGAUCCUCAAUCCAGAAAGAUUUGAAUACAAGACAGGCAAUAAAACGAUUGUUAUCCUACUAUCUAGUUCAUAGAUUAAAUCUAUUUGAUAUUAUCCAUUAUUUUUAACAAACGAUAUAGAUAUUGAAAAGUUUUUCUACUUGCAUUCUUACUUUCAUUAGUGAUCAGUUUAAACGAAUUAACAAGAUAUAUUUGAUUCAAAAAAGUGGGUUGUUUAGAGUUUUCAGACUAGUCUGACUAGAACGGGUGACAUACUCUUUAAAAAAGGACUAGUCAUGACGAGCGCAGACGACGCUUCGGACUAGUCUUGACUCUAUGAAAUACGUUUCAGACUAGUCAAAGUCGUGUGACAUCGACUAGUUUCUGAUUGUCUAGUGGAUGGACGAGAGUCAAUUUUGUAUCUUAGUCUGUAUAAAUUGACGUCAGUCUAUCUCAGUGUCCUAGUCUACCAUCAGGAUGCCCGUCCGGUUUUGAAUACUGUCGGGUUGAAUGUUCGAAUCUAUCUUCAUCCUCUUUCUUUUAGUCUUCGGACUAGU